CCUGUAUGAAAUUGGCUUUAGUAUAAAUGACUCAAAGCCUAACUUUAUGGAAAUAAAUAGCAGACAAAAAGGAUGACGAAUACAAAUGGGCGAUGCGGACUGGCAUCCUCCAGCAAGACUCUGAUGAAUGGAAGAACAGAAGAUCGAUUCCGAUAUCUGAGAUGAUGCAAGCUAGCAGGACUUACGAAGGCGACAAGGCAAAUUCUUUCGCUGAAGAAGGGCUGACCAGGACUAUGGCCUCUUUGGUGCCGGACGAGAUACUUUACAAUAUCAACGACUACACCAAAAGAGAUUUGGAAGCUUGCCUGCUUUUCGGUGAUGUUUCAGGUUUCACUGACCUUUGUGAAAAAUACAAUAAAUCUGGAAAGGGUGGCCCUUCUAGAUUAACUCAGGUAUUGAAUUCGUACAUUGGUGCUAUGGUUCAAGAAAUAUUAUCCCAUAACGGAGACGUGUUGAAAUUUUCUGGGGAUGCCUUCAUAGCACUGUGGAAGGAAACCGAUCAUUUGUCAUUGAGAGAUGCUGUACAUGAAGCAAUAGAUUGUGCUUUAGUGAUACAAAAAAGCUACGGAACUUAUCAGACUGAUGUAGAUGUCGUCGUAAGAGUGAAAUUGGCGGUAGCUGCUGGUCACCUGGUAUUCUCCCUGAUCGGGGAUGAUGAAAAUUCCCACUAUCUGAUGACCGGCCAGCCAAUCUACGAUAUCAAAGCAGCGGAAUCGAAAAGCAAAGCAGGCGAAAUCAUUAUUACUGCUCGAGUAUCACAUCACCUCAGUGCUAACGAGUAUUUGAUUGAUCUAUUGUCUGAUGGAAUACAUGCAAAGGUGCUUGGAGUAGGUCCAAACUGGCGAAAUAUUCAAAGAACUUACGAGAACAAAGAAGGAAUUUCAGACACGUAUAGUCUGCUAAGUGCAGCUACAAGCUUGGAAGAUGAACUUCGCCAAGACAGUGGUGUUUCUAUUCUUCAUCCAUCGGAAAAAGAGAAAGCUGCUGAAGGUGGUGAAGACGAUGAUCUCCAAAUCGCUUCAAGAGUGGUUACUGAUCAAUAUGCGCUUAGACCGGCCGUAAACUUUGCUGCUAGAAUGAGGAUGAAGGAACAACUGAAACGUUUCAUCAUAGCACCAGUAGUUCGUGGUAUCCUGGCAGAAGAACCCAUAGAAUAUUUGACUGAAAUCAGACAAGUUGCUAUUCUUUUCAUCAACAGCAAAGUGUCACCGUUGAUUAGUAAUGUUAAAGGCAUCGAUGUGGCAAAUGAGGUGUAUCUAGCUGUUUGCAACACGGUGAAAAACCAGUACGGAUGCGUGAACAAAAUCAGCAACUUCGACAAAGACUUGAUGCUAUUGGUUAUUUUUGGGCUAAGGGGCUUCAAACAUGAACUUGAGAGUCAAAUUGCCCUAAAAUGUGCUAUUGAAGCAACUUCGAAAAUUAGAGCUAUAGAACAUAUUCAAGAGGUUGCAGCCGGAGUUACAACAGGUAAAUGCUAUUGUGGAGCCUUUGGUCAUACAUUGAGAAGAGAAUACACAGUCAUAGGGUUGACUGUGAAUAAAGGAGCUAGACUAAUGGUAGCUUAUGCCAAUAAAGUAACUUGUGAUAGGGAAACGUUUCUCCACAGCAAGCUGGAGUCUAGAAAUUUUAUUCUCCAGGAGUACAAACCACUGAAAGGCAUAGUGAAUCCUGGACCCAUAUACGAGUUCAGAGAAGUAGAAAAGACACAUCAAGAAAAUUUGACUUACAUCCUGCCUCUCCUGGGAAGGGAACAAGAAAUUGAUCUGUUUAGCACACUUCUGAAAAGAGCUACCAAGUUAUCAAAACAUAAAACAAAUAAACAAUUCUACAAUAUGAUAAUAUUUCAAGGAGCUUAUAGACAAGGCAAAUCAAGACUGUACGAAGAAUUAACCUAUUCCAUUGAUCAAAAUACUCCAUUGAGGAAGUUUACCCUGACUAGAUUCGAUUACGAUGUCCCAUACAGAACCGUGCGGUAUAUAUUCCGACCUUUUCUGGGGACUGAAGCAACCAGUGUAAGAGAUAGAGAGAAAAAGAUUCUGAGACUGCUGAGCGAUAAGGAGCUCGAAGAUCAACUUUGUUUUUUAAAUUUUGUUUUCGAUGUCAAAUUCAACAUUAGCAAGAUAUAUAAGGACAUGGAUUUGGCUACUAAAUACGAAACCUUGAAAAAUUUAUUCAAAAUUUUAUGUAUGGCUUGUUUCCAUACAUUCUACAUUAUAGCCAUAGAUGAUGCUGAAAAUAUAGAUGACGAAUCCUGGAUGUUACUAAAACUUCUGUUGGACUUAAAUCUGGUAUUUGUGGUAGCCACAAUGGGUACCGCCAAGGAACUGAGUACGUUAGCAAUGAAGGUGCUAAGAUCUACGAAAAUUAAAACAGUAGAGCUGAAAGGAAUUGACAAGUGGUACCAUGUUGGCUUGGCAUGUCAGAUGUUGAGCGUAGAUGGAAUACCUGCAGAAUUGGAAAAAACUAUCCAAAUGAAAAGCAAUGGGAAUCCAGGAUGGGUGGAGAGCUUUCUCGUAAGUUUGAUGCAAUCUGGUGGUUUGUAUGUGCACGAGAUGAGUAGAGAAGCGGCUUACGAUGCUGGAAUUGUUAUGGCACCUCUAUACAUGGUUAUGAGGUUAUCAAGAGAGGAGAUUGCGCUAUGGGUAGAAAUUAUGGAAGAACGCAAGCUAGAAGUGAAAGAAGAUUUGCAGACUACUCGGUGGAAGAUGUUCAUAGACAGUUGUAGGGAGAGCUAUCCUGACUUGAGCGUGGCAAAGACCUUUAGGCAAAUACUGAACAAGACCGAUGUUGUGAAUAUUUGUACUGUAGAUGAAAAGUUUAACCUAGAAGAUGUUGACCCCGAACUAAUUAUAGAUGUGAUUAUUCUAAAAACAUUUGAUUCCCUGACGUCAUAUGAGCAGCUAUUAUUGAAGUGUAGUGCCAUUUUAGGAGAUAUUUUCCCAAGAGACAUGUUAUUAUACAUUAUGUCAUCCUCUGCGAUCAGACUCACAGCUCUAGCGGUACAAAAGCUUUUCGAAAUACAUGUUCUAAGUUGUGCAAGAGGCAAUUUCAUAGAGGGAGGAUUAACUUUUAAAGAAAGAUUAAUAAACCCCAAUGAAGAUAUGUCGGUGAAAUGUGAAUGCAAGGGUUUAGUUGUUGACGAUUCAUGUAUGGACCUUCCAAAAUACGCCUCUUGUGGCUAUCUACGAUUUCGAUCAUCCGAAUUUCGAAUAACAACUUACAAUCUGCUGACUGACAAUCAGAAAAGAGAGUUUCAUGGACGAGCUAUCAGGUAUUUGGAAAAAGAGACCAGGAGAUGUAGAGCAUGUGGAAACGGGUAUUUCACGAGGCAGAUGGGAGGAGGCCGACUUGACAAUACUUUGAGGUACUAUGCAAGAAGUGGGCGGAAGAUGGACAGAAAGAAGUCAUCGUUGUUUACUGAUAACUCAAGCACCGAAUAUGGGUCUAAAUUGAUGCAAAGGGUCUCUUUUUUGAGUUACGAAAGCCAGGCGUCAUCAGCGACCAGAUCAACAAGAGAUUUUAGAGGUCCACGUGACACCAUGUCAAUGACAUCAUCCGUCUCUAGCGGUGAACAGUUUCUUACUUUAGGAGAGAGCUUUUAUCAAAGAGCAACGCACACACGUGAAUUAGGCAUAAAAACUAUCAAUCGACUUAAAGAUGACAUAAAUCUACCUAGAUCUUUUUCCACUAACGACUUCUCUCAAUGCACAUGUUUGCUGAUUUUAAAUACUAUGUACUCACAACUAAUUGAACAUUGCAAAGGAGCAGGCAUGAUUGAAAAAUUGUUAAGUGCUACCGUUGAAUAUGCAUACGUUUGUUUGCAAUCAAAAAAUGUUCCACAAGCUGUUAAAGUCCUGGAGGAAGCGCUAGCAGUACUAGAUGGUCCUAUGAAGGAGCAAAUAGAACUAGAUUGGAUGGUUGAACUCAAAAAAGGUAAACUGUAUGCCCUUCUGGGUAAAGCACGAAUGGAAGUUGAUGAUCCUGAAGCUUACAACUUUUUUAUGAAGUCGCUGAAGUGCUAUGGUGUGUCUUUUCCGAAAUCGUCGAUCAGCAGGAGCUUUUGGAAGUUCAAGUACAAAACAAAGCAGAAUUUGAAGUUUUGGUUAUAUGGAAACUUCUUCGACGGAAAACCGCCAGACGAUGAUGUCGCCGAAUACUGUAACAACGUAUCGGAGUGCCUCUGCUUUCUGACUAGAUACUUUGUGAAUCACGACAAAUGGCGAGAGGCGGAAUUGGCAGCAUUGUGGAGCUUAACGAAAGCGUUGCAAACCGAAACGGAUUUCGAAAAAUUGUGCAUGUCAUACUCAAAUUUAAUACAUGUGAGUGCUGUUCAAGGAAAAUACAAUUUUUGUGUGGCCUUGGAAGUAUUUGCCUUGAAAACAUGCAGGAAGAAGAAGACAUGUGUGGAACUAGAUGAACUCAAAGCGGUGGCGCAGCUUUAUUUUAAUAUCAGUAGGAGCAGAGCUCGCCGUGGCGAACUGGAAAAAUAUCUCCAUAUCAGUUAUGUUGCUUGGAGAUUGAUGACGUCAUCUCAACUAGAAACUUUAGUUUUUGUUUCAUUGCCAUUCUUGGUCCAUAUGUUACUCCUAAGGCGUCAAGUUACUGAGUUUGGGAACUUGCUUCAAGAGAUAAGGGAUCUGCUGGAUCAGGAUCAUGACAAUUCAUUGAAAUGUUGGUUCUACGCUAUGUGUAUGUGUCUGCAUCUGGAUACAGGAUUGAUCGCCCAGCCAUAUGCGAAGUGUGUAAAAUAUAUACAAGGAGAAGGAAUGGAGCCAACCCUUCGAGACCCUAACGGUAAAGCUCGGUUGAUCGUCUGCAUAUGGUUAUGUACAUGACUUGGACAAAUAUGGAAAUCGGUGAUACAUUUUAGGGAAGUGAGAAAUGAAAACUGGGAAGCCGCAACGGUUUGGCAAAAGACAGCUUGGGAUUUUACAAUACAAGAUGAGGGUGAAUCAGUAGGAAACUACUUAACUUGUAUGUAUCUCAUUGAAGGACUGAUCAUUUAUAUGGUGUAUAAAAUGGACAGAAAGAAUCUAACAGCCAUUGCCAGAGCUGAUUCGUUACUGAAAACCUUAUUCAAAAAUAUCACAAAAGCUCAAAAAGCUUGCCGACUCAUCACGCCCAGAUUAUAUCACUUGAAAGCUUAUUAUACCAUAGCGAAAUUUAAUGAUUACAAGAAAGGCAUCGAACUGCUCAAUAAGGCGAAAAAGUUUGCUGAAAAAUACUGCAAUGAUUUAGAAUCAUCUUGGAUAAAACACAGCGAGCUUGCUUGGGUUCAUAAGAUGAGUAGAGAGGAGUCAGAGUAUUGGAAAGAACAUUGCGAAGAAGAACACAUAGUAGAUUUUCAAGAAGUGGAGGCAGCAGAAAAACUUGGACAUUACACUCUACCAUUGCCCAUUUAUAUAUGAAUGUAUACAAAAUGUUUCUAGUGUUUAUUAUCCAAUCUGUUAUUUUACGUACGUGGAGGUAUUACAAUAAACAUAUUUAUUUACGGC